CAAAAGAGAGAGAGAGAGAGAGCGAGAGGCGGCCGUCACGUAGUAGCCAUGAAUUCGCCGCAGCUGGUGGCGCAAGCACACGAUUCAGCAGAGAGCAGCGGCAGCAACGCCGGCGCGAUGCCGAUGCCGAUGCCAAUGCCAGCGACAGCGGGAAAUAAAUAUGCGCCUGGACGUAGGCUAGCUGCGAGGCAAACUCUUCGCUUGGCCAUACCCAAACAUCAGGGAGAUCCCCUGGCACUGCCACACGCACUGCACGCACAGCCUCAUGCCCCCCAUUCCCAUCCACAUCCGCAUCCGCAGACGGGGGGCAUCUAUCGGCACUCGCCAUCGCAGCUGCCACCGGCGCCCAUACUCAAGAGAGCCGCAGGGAGCAGCAGCAUUCCCAAGUCCGCCUCCCCCUUGGAGUCUCACAAUCUGCCCAACGUGACGCCCCACAGUGGGAGUGGGAGGAUCGGCUACAAUGUGGCUGGAGGCUGCUCCUCGAGUGGCACCUCUUCGGGCUCGAAUUUUCUGGGUGUACGAAAGCCCAGUCUCACGCUGAACUCCUCCGAUAUAAGGAACAACAACGAUUUGUUUGCCUUUCCCAAGGACAUGUCGCCGGCACUGGAAUUGAAUGAUCACUCGCACUCACCGCUGUUCACGGACAUCUCUUCAGCGAAUAGCAAUGGCUCGCCCACACAUCAUCAUCAGUUGGGCAGGCUCUUCAGCCUGAGUCCCUCGAGCAUACGAAGCUACGGAAAUAUGACAGACUUCUCGGACAGCUCGCCCAGUGGGGUGCUGAGUCCAGCCUCCACGCUGAUAGAGAACUUCCACAAAAAGAACAGCUCCCCACAGCCCCUCAGCAGCAGCAGCAACAACAGCAUCAGCAGCACUCCCACCACCACAAUGAAUGGCAAUGGAGGAGGAGGAGUAGGAUCAGGAGUGGCUGCGGGAGUGGGUUCAGGAUCGGGCACCGCCAAUGGCCGACAGAUCAAUACGAGUUCUAGUUCAUGCAGUAGCCUUAAGGAAACCUCCCACCAAUCCACAUCCACAUCGCAGCAGGUUGUCAACAGCAGCAGCAGCACUACGACGCGUGUGGAGAAGAAAUCGCAGCGUCUGCAUCAUCACAUAACCUCCUCAUCCUCCAGCUCAUCCUCGACCACACAGGCACUGUCCACAUCCUCGGAGAUGAAGGCGGCGGCGGUCAAGCGAGAUCUCACAAACAUACAGAAGUCCAUGUCGGAAAUUAACGAUUUGGCGAACAGCGCAACAGCCACGCCCACAUCAGCCAUAAUGCCAACAGCACGUCUGACGGCAGGCACACUCAAAUCGCCGCAUCCAUCGAUCGAUGAUCUCAGGGGUCUGAGCCAACAAGACAAGAUCACAGUGCUCAAGAACCAACUUCGCGCCUCUUGGGAGAACAUCGUGGAUAACGAUGACGAUGACAGCAAUGUGAUCGUGACCCUGCCCGACGACGACGACUGCCCGCACAAUCAUUUUGGCAGCGGCCUGGACCUCACACACCCCACGGCAGCGCAGCUGAGUGCCAGCAGCGGGCUGAGUGGCUCCAACAAGACGAUCGACACGAUCAAGUUCCAGGAGAAGCGCAUGAAAACCGAGUCCAAGACGAAGGUCGUCACCGAUGGCUACAGCUCCGAGCAGGCCACCAGCAAUUCGGCAGAGUCGAAGCGACUCCAGGCCGGGGAUAUAGACUACAAAGAGAACAAGGCUGCCUCGGCGAUGAGGAAUCGACUGGAGGUGGACGGCGUUAAAACGGAGGAGAAUGCAGCUGUCAUCAAGGAGGCCCUCUCGCUGCGCACCGGCGACAUCACACAACAGGCGAGCAACAAUGUGGCCGCCGCCAGUAUUAAGGUGCAGAGCGACACCUUCUCCGCGGACAAGAAGGCGAUCUCGCAGUCCCAGCAAUCACAGACGAUGACUUCGAAUGGGAUCAUCAGCCAGGAGAAGCACGUGUCCUCGGCCUCGCAGGCCAACUACUCGAUGACCCACAAGGGCGUCUCCAGCUCCGGCAGCAGCAUGAUCACCUCCUCCUCCCAGAUGUCCGCAAUGAAUGGCCAAAUGUUGAAGCUCGCGGACCUCAAGCUGGACGACCUCAAGUCCCUGACCUCGGGCAGUGGCCAGCAGGAGAUCGAGCAGACCAUCAACAAGUAUUCGAAUGUCCUCACCUCGUUCGUCAGUUCGCUGCAGGACGAUGAGAGCGGAAGUGGCAGUGGCACCGGAAGCGGUAGCAACGGCCACGCUCAGCCACUGAAUGUGGGCAAGGAGAAGACGGAAUAUCUGGAGAAGAUCAACGAGGUGAUCCGCAGGGCCUGGGCUGUGCCCACGCACGGCCACGAGCUGGGCUACUCCCUGUGCAAUUCGCUGCGGCAAAGCGGCGGCCUCGAUCUGCUCAUGAAGAACUGCGUCCACAAAGACCUCACGCUGCAGUUCUCCUCCGCGCAGCUGCUGGAGCAGUGCCUCACCACCGAGAACCGCAAGCAUGUGGUGGACAAUGGCCUGGACAAGGUCGUCAAUGUGGCCUGCGUGUGCACGAAGAAGUCCAACAUGGAGCACUCGCGCGUCGGCACGGGCAUCCUGGAGCAUCUGUUCAAGCACUCGGAGGGCACCUGUUCGGAUGUGAUCCGGCUGGGAGGCCUCGAUGCUGUGCUCUUCGAGUGCCGCACCAGCGACGUGGAGACGCUGCGGCACUGUGCCAGCGCGUUGGCCAAUCUGUCGCUGUAUGGCGGGGCGGAGAACCAGGAGGAGAUGAUUCUGCGCAAGGUGCCCAUGUGGCUGUUCCCGCUGGCCUUCCACAACGACGACAACAUCAAGUACUACGCGUGCCUGGCCAUUGCCGUGCUGGUGGCCAACAAGGAGAUCGAGGCGGAGGUGCUGAAGUCCGGCUGCCUCGAUCUGGUGGAACCCUUCGUGACGAGCCACGAUCCUUCGGCCUUUGCCCGCUCGAACCUGGCGCAUGCGCACGGCCAGAGCAAGCACUGGCUGAAGCGUCUGGUGCCGGUGCUCAGCUCGAAUCGCGAGGAGGCCCGCAACCUGGCCGCCUUCCACUUCUGCAUGGAGGCGGGCAUCAAGCGGGAGCAGGGCAACACCGACAUCUUCCGCGAGAUCAACGCCAUCGAGGCACUGAAGACGGUGGCCAGCUGUCCGAAUGCCAUCGCCUCGAAGUUCGCCGCGCAGGCGCUGAGGCUCAUCGGGGAGACGGUGCCGCACAAGCUGUCGCAGCAGGUGCCCCUGUGGUCCGUCGAGGAUGUGCAGGAGUGGGUGAAGCAGAUCGGGUUCAAUGGCUACAUCGACCGGUUCGAGGAGUCCCAGGUGGACGGCGAUCUGCUGCUGAAGCUCAACCAGGACAACCUGCGCGACGACAUUGGCAUCGGCAAUGGCAUCCUGCUGCGGCGCUUCGAGCGCGAGCUGCAAAAUCUCAAGCGCAUGGCCGACUACUCGUCCAAGGACACGGCCAAGAUGCAUCAGUUUCUCUCGGAGAUCGGCACCGACUACUGCACCUACACAUACGCCAUGCUGAACGCGGGCAUCGACAAGUGCGCCCUGCCGCACGUCAACGAGGACAUGCUGAUGACAGAGUGCGGCAUCCACAACUCCAUUCAUCGUCUGCGCAUCCUGAAUGCCGUCAAGAACCUGGAGAACUCGCUGCCCAGCUCCUCCGAGGAGAACAUGGCCAAGACGCUGGACGUGUUUGUCAGCUACAGACGGUCCAAUGGCUCACAGUUGGCCAGCUUACUGAAGGUUCAUCUUCAGCUGCGCGGCUUCUCGGUGUUCAUCGAUGUUGAACGGCUGGAGGCGGGCAAGUUCGACAAUGGACUCCUGAACAGUAUUCGGCAGGCAAAGAACUUUGUUUUAGUAUUAACACCCGAUGCCCUGCACCGCUGCAUUGCCGACGAGGAGUGCAAGGAUUGGGUGCAUCGCGAAAUUGUGGCCGCUUUGCAAUCGAACUGCAAUAUUAUACCCAUUAUGGAUCAGCACUUUGAUUGGCCGGAGGUGGAGAGGCUGCCGGAGGAUAUGCGCAGUGUGGCGCACUUUAAUGGCGUCAGCUGGAUCCACGACUACCAGGACGCGUGCAUCGACAAGCUCGAAAGAUUUUUGCGCGGCGAAAAGAAUAUCGAUCGCAUUGCGGCCAUGGUGCCUGGGACGCCCGAAGCGGUGUCGUACCGACGAAUGCACAGCAACGAUUCCGACUACCAGAGUGGAGGAGUGGGCGGUGGAGCAUCAUCCAGCGGUGGAGGAGGCAUCGGCGGCGGCGGUGGUGUUGGCGGCGGCGGCGGCACAGCGGGCAGUGUGGUGGAUGGCCUGAUGGCGGCCAAUGGCAGCGGACAAGCUAAUCACCAGGCAAAUAGAUACCGGCAAUCCCCCUCACCGGCCCGCCAACGGGGCAGCACCUCACAGCUGAGCGGCUACGCCCGGCACGGAAAACGCUCCAACAUUCUGCCGCCGUAUCGCACCCAGCAGGCGGCAUUGCUGCACAAGUCCGGAGCAGGAUCGGCCUCCAUGCAGAACAUGAUGCCGCUGGCAUAUCUGCCGCCGCGACGCAGCUCGGCCGCUGGUCUGGGACACAGCGCGGCUGGCAUGGGCAGUGGCUAUCGGUCGCACAGCGUGGACGGACUGCUGGACCAGGCCUCGGCCAGCCAGAGCAGUCUGGCCACGCCCGAGCAGAGGAUAGCGGCUGCGGCGGCCAUGGUGACGGCCGGCAGCACAGCGCUAACGAAUGCCAGCUCGACGUGCACCCUGCAGCCGGAGGAGUACGAGGAGCCAACGGACACGGACACCUGCGACCAUGUGACGAGGCGAGAGAAGCGACUGGCGCCGCCGGCGAAUGUGCAGAGCCAUCGCAAGUCGCGCAGCUUGGAUCACAUCCUGUCGAAGCAGACGCUGGCCGAGCUGCUGCCGCCGAGCAUUGAGCCCACGGACGAGACGCAGAGCAUGCAGAAUCUGGCCAUGCCAAUGACGCCGCAGCCACAGCGACGUGAUCAGAGCUCCUCCUCGAAAUCGCCGACGCCAGAGCGACCACCGCAGCCGCAUUACAGUCGCCAGAGUCCCGAGGGCGUCAGCUCGACGGAGAGCGAGCGAGAGGAUGGGCAGUCGCUGAAGGUGCAGAGCCAGGGGCAUGGGAACCAGCAGAGGGCGGCGGCGCAUGUGCAUCGCGGCGGGAGCCUGAACAGCAACAAGACGUCCAACUCGUCGCUGGGCUCCAACAACAGUGCCAGCAACAACAAGACCAUCUUUAAUCGCACGAUGAAGAAGGUUCGCUCGCUGAUCAAAAAACCAUGAGAGCAAAAUUGGCCACUGCUGCAAUUCGUUGUAACUGUUGUUAUCCCAUGUGACUGUAAUCCCGCCCGCCCACGCUCACGCACGCACACCCAAACACACACACCACCACAACCUGCGAAUCAUCGAAACAGCCACCAACCACCCCCAUCUCCUGAGGUGAUCGAUGACCCACCCAUCAGCUGUCUCGACCAACAACCAACAUUCAUAUUGUUAUUUAUUAUGAAA